AUGUGGAAUCUUGGAAAAUUAGAGAAUAUAGGUUUAUCCAAUACAUCUGUACUUUUUCAAGAUCUUUACCAAUCAUAUGCAAAGCACCUUGGAUUGAGAGAAGCACUCUUAAAUAAGAAGCUUUUGUUUUAUAAUUAUAUUACGUAUACUGUUCUCAAUACCAAAGGUUCUGUUAAAUUAAAACUUCAUGUCGGGGAUAUCGUAGAGUUGGCCAAAAAUUCUGAGAACAUUACUUACGCUAGGAUUAGAACAAUAUUUACGCAUCAAGCAAAUGAUAAUAAGAUCUAUGCGUUUUUUCAAUUUGACAGGUUUCAGGAGACAAACCUUGUUGACACAAUGCUCGGAUGUCCACUUUAUAAAAUUCGAGUAUCUGAAGAUGC